GUAGUCUCUUUUCGAAACAAUAAAUCCUAUUGUCUCUUAUUCUUCCUCACCUCUAACAAUUCUUCGAAGAAAAAAGAAAAACAGAGAGAGAGGUGAAAUGGCAGGAGCUUUGAUAGGAGAGGCUUUUCUCUCUGCUUCCAUCCACGUGAUGUGCGACAAGAUUGGUUCCGGCGAGUUCUUGGAUCUGUUUCGGGGGAAAAAGCAUGAUCGUUCGCUCAUGGAGAAGUUGAAGCUGACGUUGUUGACCCUUCAUGCAGUGCUCAAUGAUGCAGAGAAGAAGCAGAUUGUCAACCCUGUUGUGGGAAGCUGGCUCGACGAGCUCAAACAUGCUGUCUUUGAUGCGGAGGAUCUACUCGAUGAGAUCGAUGCUGAAGCUUUGCGCUCCAAGGUGGAAGCUGAAUUUCAAACUAAGAAAACCCAGGUGUGGAACUUCCUAUCUACCUCUCUUAAUCCUUUUUAUCAUGGCAUGAAUGGUAGGAUACAAGAGUUAUUCCAAAGGUUAGAACACCUCGCAAAACAAAUUAAUCUCCUUGGUCUUAUAGGAGGUGUUAAGGGGAAAAUUUCUCGAAGAACUCCCACAACAUUCUUCGUUGAGAAUGAAUUUUGUCCUUAUGGUAGGGAUGGAGAUAAAGACAAGUUGAAAACAAAGUUGCUAUCUGAUUAUUCGAGUAGCAGCCACGUAUCAAUAAUCCCCAUAUUGGGAAUGGGCGGGGUUGGUAAGACAACCCUUGCUCAAGUCCUUUACAACGAUGAAAAAAUAAAAGGGCAUUUUGAUGUUACUGCUUGGGCAUGUGUUUCCGAAGAUUUUGAUGCUAUGAGGGUAACUAAAACCCUUAUUGAAUCAAUUAGCUCAAAACCUUGCAGUCUUCAAGAUAGCUUGCUUCAAGUUGAACUAAGGGAACAAGUGAGGGGGAAAAAGUUCCUAUUUGUGUUGGACGACCUUUGGAAUGACAACUAUAGUGAUUGGGAUCUUCUAAGGGCUCCUUUUACUUAUGGGGCGAGGGGAAGUAAGGUCAUUGUAACAACGAGGAACAAAAGUGUUGCAUCCCUAGUGCACACCGUGCCUAUUCACUACUUGAAACAUUUGUCAGAUGAAGAUUGUUGGUUGUUACUCGCAAAACAUGCGUUUAGAAAUGAAAAUCCUAGUGCGAAUCCAGACUUGGAAGAAAUUGGUAAGGAAAUUGCACGCAAGUGCAAUGGUCUUCCUUUAGCUGCAAAAGCACUUGGUGGUCUCUUAGGUUGUAAUGUGGAUUACGAGGAAUGGAGUCACAUAUUGAACAACAAUCUUUGGGAGAUAUUGCAUGAUAAAGGUGUUCUUCCAUCAUUAAGAUUGAGUUACUAUUAUCUCCCUACUUAUUUGAAACAAUGCUUUGCUUAUUUCUCAAUUUUCCCAAAGGACUAUGAAUUUGAAAAGGAAAAUAUAAUUCAACUUUGGAUGGCACUGGGUUUAAUUCCACAAGCUGAGAGUGGUAAAGGAUUGGAAGAGGUCGGCGAGAAAUACUUUGAUGAACUAUUGUCACGAUCUCUACUUCAAAGAUCAUUAAUUGGGAAAUCAAGUUUCAUAAUGCAUGAUCUCAUUAACGACUUGGCUAUGACUGUGUCUAGAGAAUUUUGUUUUAGGUUGGAUGAGGGACAGCCACAUGAAGUUCCUAAACGAGUUCGACAUUUGUCAUAUAUGAGAGGAAGAUUUGAUAUUGUUGCAAAGUUUAAGCCAUUGGACGAAAUUAAGUGUUUGCGCACCCUAUUUCCCAUGUCUUUAAGACCACACGAGGGGUGGAAUGUGACCUAUGUAAGCAUAAAGGUUCUAGAGGACUUGUUACCAGCACUAAAAUGUUUAAGGGUGUUGUCACUGUCAAGAUAUAAAAAUAUCACUCAAAUACCUGAUAACAUUGGUAAACACUUGCACUUACGCUACAUUGAUCUCUCUUACACUGCAAUUAUAAGGUUACCAGAUACGGUGUGUACUCUUUAUAAUUUGCAAACUCUAUUGUUGUUCGGUUGUUCCUCACUUGUUGAAUUGCCUGCAGACAUGAGAAAAUUGAUAAAUUUGCGUCAUCUUGAUAUUGAUGGAACUUGUGUAAAAGAGAUGCCGGUGCAAAUGGGUAGACUAAAAAGUUUGAGAACAUUGACUGCUUUUGUGUUGGGGAAAUCUACUGGGUCAGGUGGCAUUGGAGAACUGGGGCAAUUGUCGCACCUUCGAGGAAAAUUCUCUAUCUUGAAUCUGCAAAAUGUUGUCAAUCCUAUAGAUGCCUUGGGGGCCAAUUUGAAGGAUAAGAAAGAUCUGAACGAAGUAGAGUUGGCAUGGGGUCGUGAGGAUGCAAAUGAUUCCAUAACAGAGAGACAUGUACUUGAAAGCCUACAACCUUCCGUAAACCUGGUGAAGCUGACAAUCAGAUUUUAUGGUGGAACUAGCUUUCCAGAUUGGUUGGGAGACUUUUCCUUCUCCAACUUACAAGUCAUGCGUCUCACUGAUUGUAGUACUUGUUUGUGGUUGCCACCAGUUGGACGGUUACCCGUUCUCAAAGAGUUAUAUAUAGAAAGAAUGAAAUCUGUCAUGAGUAUUGGUGUUGAGUUCUACAGGGGUAAUGGAGCUUCUUUAAUUCAGCCAUUUCAAUCUCUCAAGAAGCUAGAGUUUAAAGAGAUGCCGGAGUGGGAGGAAUGGCUACCUUGUCCAGGUAGAGGUCAAUCUCUAGACUUUCCCCGUCUUGAGGAGCUGACUUUAGAGAAAUGUCCGAAGCUGAGGGGAAACUUGCCCGAUCAUCUUCCUUGCUUGAGAAAACUUUCCGUGUCCGACUGCGAGGUUCUACAUGAAAGGGCUACCAGAGCGAGAUGGAUACCGUGGUCUCUCAUCGUUAACACGGAGUCCUUGAUACAGUCUCUUGAAGAACUGCAGAUAGUUAAAUGCCCUGGUCUGUCGUGGUUACUGGAGACGGAGUCGCUUUCCUCGCUUUCCAAACUUGAGAUUGAAUUUUUUAGUCGCAGAGAAUGCUUGCGGCCGCACUUCAACAAUUGUCUUCAAAGAUUGUGUCUCGUUAACUGCGCAUCACUCUUGUCGUUCCCUAGAAAUGGUCUACCCACUUCGUUGACAUAUCUUAAAAUAGAAAAUUGCAGGAGAUUAGAAUUCCUAUCUCAUGAGAUGAUGGCCAAAUUGGCAUCCCUUCGAGAUUUGGAACUGUGGGACAGCUGUGAUUCACUGAGGUCCUUCCCGCUGGGCGUUUUCCCCAAACUUUCAACUCUUGAUAUCUGGGGCAGUAAAAAUCUUGAAUCCCUUUCCAUUGGAGAAGGGGCUGAUGACGAAAAUCUCACUCAUCUCAACUAUCUCUCCAUCACAAAGUGUCCAAACCUGGUCUCUUUUCCCCACGGGGGAUUGCCCACUCCCAAGCUGGCUUUUUUGUCAGUCUCGGGGAAUGAGAAUUUGAAGUUAUUGCCCAACCGAAUACACACCCUCACCGGCCUUCGAGAUUUAUGGAUAGGCGAACUUCCAAAUGUUGAGUCAUUUGCAGAAGGGGGUUUGCCUCCCAACCUACAAUCAUUUCAAAUCUAUGAUUGUGAGAAACUGAAGCCUUCAGUGAAGAAUUGGGGUUUGCAACGAAUUGUCUCCCUUCGCACUGUUUUGAUCUGGAGAAGCGAGGUUGUGUUGGAGACGUUGCUCAAGGAACAGCUGCUCCCUAUCACUCUUCACAUACUCGAAAUCUGGGACAUGAAAAGUCUGAAAUCUUUGGAGGGAAAGGGACUUCAACACCUCACUUCUCUUCAAGAGCUCAAAAUUUUCAACUGUGUUAGUCUCAAGUUCCUGCCAAAAGAUGGUUUGCCGGCAUCGCUCUCUUUUCUGAGCAUCACGGAUUGUCCUUCCCUGGAGAAGCGGUGUCAGAAGAAGACGGGACAAGAGUGGAGCAAGUUAGCUCACAUUCCUUGCAUCGAAAUAGGCGACCAAGUCAUCAUUUGAGAUCUCAAGUCAAAGUGAGGGCAAAAUUAUGUCACCGCCGUGUUGGUCGGCUUUGCUAAUGCAGAUAGCAAACUUGGAAUUGUAAAGAUUGGAUUAUCUAAGGCCAAUGAUUUUAACGUCCAUCAAUUAAUUGUCCAUGAAUGGUUCUCCUGCAGUGUGGCAUGAAUAUGAUUCUCCUUCAAUUGGAUAGAUAUGUUCUUUUUUGUACAUACACAGCUGUUGCAGUGAGAACGGGUGACGAUGACCACAAAACAAAAAUGAAGGCCAGGUUUCUUUGGAGCACUGCCUGCAUGCUUGCGCUUGUUGGAAGUCAGUACAUUACGUUACUAGAGCAGGAGCAUUCAGAUAUGUUGAGCUGGGGUAUGAAAAAGGAAAGCACUUGUGUUGGCAUCCUAUCGAAACGGAUAUGAGAAGAAACAGGAUUUUCACAACUUAAUGUGGAAAUGAAGUGGGAGAACGCAUCGAUCUGAAGCCUAUGAGCAUCUUAUUCUCUGGAAGUGAUCCAAAGGAACUGAGAGAUUACAGCAUUUUGCUCUGCCAUUGGGGAUGUUAUGAGCCGAAGAAACAAGGGAGAUGGAUGUCGAAAGCAAGGAUGGUUCGCCACAAAAACGUAUGGCUUCAAACAAGGUUUUAGUGACGUUUAAGAUGCCCUCCAUUUUUUUUUAAUAGGAAACCAGUGUGAACCAGUGUUGGUUCACCAAGAAAACGAGGGAAGAAGAAAUCACUUGAUGGAAGCAAUGAUAUGAACUUGGACGCAUCUCCAAAAUCUGAUGAGCAGGAAACUAAGAAAACAAAGCAGGAAGAGUUGAUGGAAAUUUGUAAUGGCAGCAGAGAUGGUGCUGCUUCUAUGAGAAAUAAGGAUGUCGAUGCCAAGGAAGUCAGAAAGCAUCUUAAAGUCGAGGAUUGAGACUCAAGAGGCAAUGUGUGUUGGUUCACGUAGAAAAUGAGAGAAGGAGAACGUCCUUGAUCAGAGGAUGUGAAGUACUCGGAUGUAGCAAAGCAGGACGAGUUGAUGGAAACUUGUAAUGCAGCAGAGAUGGUGGUGCUGCUGUGAAUGAGAAUGAUGCCAAGGGCAAGAGCAAGGCUGUAAGAGGGUGUCGCAGGGUCAUGGAAUGCCUCGUUGAGAGCAGAGAGAUAGAUCUUGAGCUUCCCCUACCUCAGGGCACCAUUAGCUGCUGAGGAUAUGGAAAAUGCUCUCCAGUUUUUGAAGUUCUGUGAAACAUUUAGCGAGUCCCAAGCUGAAUCCGUUCUUCGAGAACUAUCUCGUCAAGUGGACGAAGUGGAUGGCCUGGACAGUACUCCAUUGUUCGAUUUCAUAGCUAUAUGCUCUUCUUCAUACAGGAGUAAGAAAUCUGCCUAGUGUAUUAUGGUUAUGCAUAAAGUACAGCUCAACCACUUGAAGGGCAAAGUUAUGUCACUGCUGUGUUGGUCGGCCUUGCUGAUGCAGGCAGCAAACUGUGGAACUGAAAAGAUUGGAUCUUCUAAGGCCAAUGAUUUAAAUGUCCAUCAAUUAGUUAUUCAUGAAUGGUUCUCCUGCAGUGCGGCAUGAAUAUGAUUCUCCUUCAAUUGGAUAGUGGGUGCAGAUAUGCCCUCGAGUUUUUAAAGGAAACCGGUGUUGUUUCACCAAGAAAACACUUGUAUGCAUCUCCACCAUCUGUUGAGCAGGAAACUAAGAAAAGAAAGCAGGAGUUGAUGGAAAUUUGUAAUGGCAGCAGAGAUGGCGGUGCUACUAUGAGCAAUAAGUGCCAAGGCAGUCAGAAAGCGUCAUAAAGUCAAGGAAUGGCCUGGGAAUAUUGAGACUCAAGAGGUUGAUUUUGACAGCAGAGAUGGAGCUGCAGUUGAUUAUAGCAAUUUGUGUUGAUUCAACUGGCAAACGAGGGAAGGAGAACGCCCUUGAUCAGAGAGAAGAUGUGGAGUACUCGGAUGCAGCAAAGCAGGACGAGUUGAUGGAAACUUGUAAUGCAGCAGAGAUGAUGGUGGUGCUGUGAAUGAGAAUGAUGCCAAGGGCAAGGGCAAGGCUGCAGGAGGGUGCCGCAGGUCAAGGAACGCCACUUUGAGAGCUGAGAGUUUUUUUAAAAUUGGAAAGUCCCAAGCUGAAUCUGUUCUUUGAGAACUCUCAUGUGGAGGAAGUGGACGGCCUGAACAGUUUUCCAUUGUUCGAUUUCAUAGCUAUAUGUUUUUCUUCAACAGGAAGCAAGCAAGCACCAACUGCUCAUGGUUCCGAGAUUUGGAGAACCUGAUCUCCGCAUCCAGGGUAGGGUCUCUAAGGUCGACCCUGUUAUGAAAGAGCUGCCGCAGAGUGUUGCCCGUAGAGUGUUUUAGUGGAGGCGGAGAUGGAUAUGAUGCCUUAAGCUUCUCCCAGAAGCUUAGGCUUUUGAAUUUCCUUUGUGAUGAGGUUCUUAACACUAAAUCUUUCGUCCAGGCCGCCGAUAGAUUGAGUAGCAAAAUAAAAGAUCUGUCCAACGACUCCAACGUGAAAGGUUUGCUCUACCAAAGAAUAAGGAUAGAGAUCCCCAAGCUAAGAGAACCAUUACAGAUAGUGGGAAUGCUGUCCCGGAGUUGGACUGCAUUGUUUCAGUACUCAUAAGGGAGGCUGCUGACGCUCCCACGGAGGUGGUCGAUGCUAUGGCCAUGAUACCGGAAGGGCAAAAUUAUUUCACUACCAUGUUUCUCGGCUUUGCUGAUAUGGAUAGCAAACUGUGGAACUGUUGUAAAUAUUGGAUUAUCUAAGGCCAACGAUUUUAGCGUCCAUCAAUUAGUUGUCCAUGAAUGGUUCUCCUGCAGUCUGGCAUGAAUAUGAUUCUCCUCCAAUUGGAUAGAUAUGUUCUUUUUGUACAUACACAGCUGUUGAAGUGAGAAUGGGUGACGAACAGCACACGAAAAAAAAAAAAAAGAGAGGUUUCUUUGUAGCACUGCCCUCAUGCCUGUGCUUGUUGGAAGUCAGUACAUUAUGUUACUAGAACAGGAGUAUUCGUAUAUGUUGAGCUGGGGUAUCAAAAAGGAAAGCACUUGUGUUGGCAUCUUCUCGAAACGGAUGAGAAGAAACAAGAUUUUCACAAUUUGAUGUGGAAAUAAAGUGGGAGAACGUAUCGAUCUGAAGCCUAUGAGCAUCUUAUUCUCUGGAAGUGAUCCAGAGGAACUGAGAGAUUACAGCAUUUAACUCUACCAUGGGGAUGUUAUGAGCCGAAGAAACAAGGGGAGAUGGAUGUCAAAAGCAAGGAUGGUUCACCGCAAAAAUGUAUGGCUUCAAAUAAGGUUUUGGUGACAUUUAAGCAGGUUUGUGCCCUUGAGUUUUGAUAGGAAACCGGCGUUGGUUCACCAAGCAAACGAGGGAAGGAGAAGUCUCUUGGUGGAAGCAAAGAUAUGAACUUGGAUGCAUCUCCGAAAUCUGAUGACAUUGCUGUUGAUAUUGUUCAAAGCUUCUUCCCCAAUACUGCUACUUGCAUCUCUGCUCAGUGGAUCAUUAAGCCUGCACUGCUGUUACUUUUCAUCUUAUUCUGCACUGGUGCUACUUUCCCAUCAAAUACAAACACUCGGGAAGCUUUUUUUAUAUAAAUGUGUAGAAAAAUCAUGUAAUAUCUGUUAUAGAUGGUUCAUUUCAUGGUCCGAAAGCAUUCAUUCUUGUCAAGAACACAGCACUUGACAAUUGAAAAUCGGUAAUACAUCUUUAGAUGAAUACUGCAGAUGAACUGUUAUGAACAUAUUGUUCUUUUCAUCAUCAUUAGUUAUUUCUGAAAAAUUGAAGGGUUCUCUCUUCUGUUA